AUGAUAAUUAUUGUAAUAUUUCUGCUUUCUAUGUUUUUUUUUGAGAAUAAAACAUAUAGUUUUAUUUCUAAGAUAAAUAUAAAGAACAUACGAUAUAAUAAUAAUAAUAAAUAUCAUUUAUUUCCCUCAAGAGAAUUAAGAAAGGUUAGCUCGUUUGUGUUGGAUAAUAAAGUAUUAUAUAAUAAACAAAAGAUAAGAAAAAGAAAAUUUAAUUUUUUUUAUGUUUUUUCAAACAAAAUGAGUGAUAUCAAUAAUAUAAAGGAACAAAAAGAAAAUGAUGAAUGUGGUAGUGUGGAAGAACUUAUAGAAAAGUAUAGUUGUGAAAUAUCAUCCUUAAUUGAAAGAAAUCAAUGUAUUAAAGAAAUGAAUGAUGAAGAAUUAAAAAAGGAAUAUAUGGAAAAUGAAAAAUUAUUACAAGAAAAAAAAAUGAAAUUAAAAGAUUUAUAUAGUAAACCUAGUGAAGAAUUAAAAUUAAUUGAAAAUCGUACAAAGUUAGAAAAUUUAGUAAAAAGAAAAUUUUUUUAUACUAACUCAUUUGAAAUAUAUGGUGGUGCAUCUGGUUUAUUUGAUUAUGGUCCUUCUGGUUGUUUAUUAAAAUCUGAAUUAGAAAAUUUAUGGAGAUGUCAUUUUAUAUAUUAUGAUGAGAUGUUAGAAAUAUCAGGUUCUUGUGUAACUCCUUAUCAAGUAUUAAAAACAUCUGGGCAUGUGGAUCGAUUUACUGAUUUAAUGAUUCGUGAUGUAGUAACAAAUGAUUGUUAUAGGGCAGAUAAAUACUUGGGUGAUUUUCUAAGAGCUAAAAUUGAAGAAUUAAGGAAAAAGAAUACAAAAGAGGAUGAACAUGUUGAAGAAAAAGAAAAGAAACAAAAGAGAGUUGAUGACAUAAACCAUAAAAAUAAUAAUGAUGACAAUAAUAUUAAUAAUAUUAACAAUAUUAAUAAUUGUAAUACAUUUGGAGGGGGGGAAAAUGACACAGAAGUGUUAAUACAAAAAAUCGAAUUAAUAUUAAGAAAAUUAGAUGGUAUGAAUCAAGAUGAAAUUAAAGAAAUUAUUAAAGAGUAUAAUAUAAAAUCACCAUUAAAAAAUGAUUUAUCAGAUCCUUUUCCAUUUAAUUUAAUGUUUCAAACAAAAAUAGGACCAAAGGAUGAUAAUACAGAAGAUAAAAAUAAGGAGAAAUGUAAAAAUGUGGAUGAUAAUAAAAAUUUAAAUAAUACUAAUACAAAUAAUAAUAAUAAUAAUAAUAUGAAUAAUAUUGCUUUUUUAAGACCCGAAACGGCACAAGGAAUAUUUGUUAACUUUAAGAAGCUCUUAGAAUAUAAUGGGGGAAAAACACCAUUUGCAGGAGCACAAUUAGGCCUUGGAUUUCGUAAUGAAAUAUCUCCAAGAAAUGGUUUAUUAAGAGUUCGAGAAUUUCAGAUGGCUGAAAUAGAAUAUUUUGUAAAUCCUAAAAAAAAGAAUCAUGAGAAAUAUGAUUUAUUUAAAUAUUUAAUGUUACCAUUAUAUCCUAGAGAUAAUCAAUUAACGGAUGGAAUGAUAAUUAAAAAUAUGACAUUAGAAGAAGCAGUAGAAAAAAAGAUUAUAGCAAAUGAAGCUUUAGCAUAUUUCUUAGCAAGAACCUAUUUAUUUUUAUUAAAAUGUGGAAUUAAUAAAGAUGGUAUACGAUUUAGACAACAUUUAAAAACAGAAAUGGCACAUUAUGCAAAUGAUUGUUGGGAUGCUGAAAUAUUAACUUCUUUUGGAUUUAUUGAAGUUGUUGGACAUGCAGAUAGAUCAGCAUAUGAUUUACAACAUCAUAUGAAAUAUACAGGUGCAAAUUUAUAUGCUUGUGAAAAAUAUAAUGAACCUAUUGAAAUGGAAUUUGUAAAAAUGAUACCGAAUAAAGCCAAAAUAGGACAUACCUUUAAGAGUGAUCAAAAUAAAAUCUAUUCUUGUUUAAAUGAAAAAACAAAUGAAGAAUUACUACUUAUUGAUGAAGAAUUAAAUAAAAAUAAUAAAUAUAUAUUAAAUGUUGUAAAUAAUGAUUCUACAGAUAAUGAAUAUAAAUUUGAAUUAACAAGAGAUAUGUUAUCAUUUCAAAAAUAUAAAAAAAAAGUUCAAGAAGAAAAUUUUAUUCCUAAUGUUAUAGAACCUUCAUUUGGAAUAGGUAGAUUAAUAUUUUGUAUUCUAGAGCAUUCUUUUAGAAUUAGAAAAUUUACUGAUGAUAAAGAAGAAAGACAAUAUUUAUCAUUACCAUAUAAAUUAGCUCCUAUUAAAUGUUCUAUAUUAUCAAUAUCAAAUAAUAAAGCAUUUUAUCCAUAUAUUAAACAAAUACAAAUGUUAUUAAAUCAAUAUAAUAUAUCAUCAAAAAUAGAUAAUUCUAGUGUAUCUAUAGGUAAAAAAUAUGCACGAACAGAUGAAAUCGGUAUACCUUUUGCUGUAACAAUAGAUUUUCAAACACUAAAAGAUAAAACCAUUACAUUAAGAGAAAGAGAUUCUAUGUUACAAAUAAGAAUCAGUAUGUCUCACUUGGUAGAUAUUAUUAAUUCUAUGUUACAUGCAAAAAAAUAUUGGAAUGAAUAUAUAUCUCAAUAUGGAUUAUUCACACAGCAGGUCUUGGAUUCGUAG